UUGUCCACAAAAGCUCUUGGAGAAGAUGGCUGAUGUAAGCCUGAAAGAAGCAGCACUAAUACUUGGUGUGGUGGCAGCGUGCUAUUGGAACAGUCUCUUUUGUGGCUUUGUUUUUGAUGAUGUUUCAGCAAUUUUGGACAAUAAAGAUUUACAUCCUUCUACUCCUUUAAAAAAUCUGUUUCAGAAUGACUUCUGGGGGACUCCAAUGUCGGAGGAGAGGAGUCAUAAAUCUUACCGUCCCCUCACAGUCCUCACAUUUCGCUUAAACUACUUGUUCAGCGAAUUAAAUGCAGUUUCUUACCACUUCCUAAAUGUGGUCUUUCAUGCCGUGGUUUGUAUAGUCUUCCUCAAGGUCUGUAAGCUUUUCCUGGACAGCAGGAGCAGCGUAGUUGCAUCCUUGCUCUUUGCUGUGCACCCGAUACAUACUGAAGCGGUAACUGGAGUUGUGGGGAGAGCAGAGCUUUUAUCAUCUAUAUUUUUCCUAGCUGCUUUUUUGUCAUAUACUAAAUCCAAAGGACCAGAUAAUACUAUAGUGUGGACUCCGAUUGCAGUGACGGUGUUUCUAGUUGCUGUUGCAACAUUGUGCAAAGAACAAGGAAUAACAGUAGUGGGAAUAUGCUGUGUAUAUGAAGUAUUUAUUGCUCAAGGGUACACAUUGCCUGUGCUUUUGGACACAGCGGUACAGAUUCUUCGAGGGAAGGGCAGUAUCCCUUUCUCUAUGCUCCAAACACUGCUAAAGCUUAUUGUCCUGAUGUUCAGUACACUGCUGCUUGUUGUAGUCAGAGUCCAGGUUAUUCAGUCUCAACUUCCAGUGUUUACAAGGUUUGAUAACCCAGCUGCUGUGAGUCCAUCGCCAGCAAGGCAGCUCACUUUCAACUACCUCCUGCCUGUAAAUGCUUGGCUUCUUCUCAACCCCUCAGAAUUAUGCUGUGACUGGACAAUGGGAACUAUUCCUCUUGUGGAGUCCUUGUUAGAUGUCAGAAAUGUUGCCACUCUUACGUUCUUUUUCCUUCUGGGAUCUUUGAUUGUCUUCAGUGUCCGAUAUCCUGGGGAUUCCUCCAAGACUGUACUGAUGGGACUCUGUUUAAUAGUGUUACCAUUCAUUCCUGCAUCAAACCUUUUUUUUCCUGUUGGGUUUGUAGUGGCAGAACGAGUGUUGUAUGUUCCUAGCAUGGGAUUCUGCAUUUUAGUAGCACAUGGAUGGAAGAAAUUAUCCAGUAAAAGCAUGCUAAGAAAGGUUUCUUGGGUGUGUUUGGUUCUGGUUCUGUUCACUCAUGCCUUAAAAACACUGCACAGAAACUGGGAUUGGGAGUCAGAGUACACACUGUUCAUGUCAGCUUUAAAGGUAAAUAAGAACAAUGCAAAACUAUGGAAUAAUGUGGGACACGCAUUAGAAAAUGAAAAGAAUUUUGAAAGAGCUUUGCAGUUCUUCAUACAAGCCACCCAAGUGCAACCAGAUGAUAUUGGUGCCCAUAUGAAUGUAGGAAGAACUUACAAAAAUUUAAACAAAACUAAAGAAGCUGAAGAAUCAUAUAUGAUUGCCAAAUCAUUGAUGCCUCAGAUUAUUCCAGGUAAAAAGUAUGCAGCAAGAGUUGCUCCAAACCAUCUGAAUGUUUAUAUCAAUCUUGCAAAUUUAAUUCGAGCAAAUGAAUCUCGCCUUGAAGAAGCAGAUCAAUUAUAUCGACAAGCAAUUAGUAUGAGGCCAGAUUUCAAGCAGGCUUAUAUCAGCAGGGGAGAAUUGCUUCUAAAAAUGAACAAACCUCUGAAAGCCAAGGAAGCUUAUCUUAGAGCUCUAGAAUUAGAUAGAAUGAAUGCAGACCUGUGGUACAAUCUGGCAAUUGUUUACAUUGAACUAAAAGAUCCGACAGAAGCUCUGAAGAAUUUCAACCGAGCACUUGAGCUGAACCCGAUGCAUAAACUGGCAUUGUUCAACUCGGCACUACUAAUGCAGGAAUCCGGUGAUGCUCGGCUUAGACCUGAAGCUAAACAAAGACUAUUAAAUUAUGUGAAAGAAGAACCCCAGGAUGCAAACGGCUACUUCAAUUUGGGUAUGCUGGCAAUGGAUGACAAAAAAGAUACAGAAGCAGAGGCUUGGAUGAAGAAAGCAAUAAGGUUACAACCAAAUUUCCGAAGUGCUUUGUUCAAUUUGGCACUGCUUUAUUCUCAGACAGCAAAAGAAUUGAUGGCGCUGCCCAUCCUGGAGGACUUACUGAAAUAUUACCCUGAUCAUACCAAAGGUCUGAUUUUAAAAGGAGAUAUUUUAAUGAACCAAAAGAAAGAUAUAAGUGGUGCAAGAAAGUGUUUUGAAAAAAUUCUGGAACUGGAUCCUAACAAUGUACAAGGAAAACAUAAUCUUUGUGUGGUUUACUUUGAAGAGCGAGACUUAAAGAAAGCAGAAAAAUGUUUGGUUGAAACUCUAGCAUUGGCACCUCAUGAGGAAUAUAUUCAGCGUCACCUAAACAUAGUCAGGAGUAAAAUUGCAUCGCUCAGUGCUGCAGAACAGUCGUCACUCCCAGCAGAUGGGGUUGCAGCUGUAGAAGAAAAAAGAAAAUCUUUUGAAAAUUCGAAAGAAGUAAAAAAUGAGAAGAAAACCAUCCAAGCAGCAAUAAAUAAAGGGCAGUUAAAAAAUAAGAAACGAACAGAGAAAAACAAUAUGGAGAAAGAGACUCCCAAAAAAUCUACAAAAGAAAUCAAAGACAUUGAGAAAAAAAGAGUUGCUGCUUUGAAAAGACUGGAAGAGAUUGAACGUAUAUUGAAUGGCGAAUAGCCUUUUUCAUGUCAGAACACAGUAGGGAGAGAGCAUUAUUUUUAAUUAAGGUGUUUAAUGUGUGAUCCACCUGGAAAUUGGACUCAGUGCUUUGAAGACAGAAAUCAUGUCAACUGCAUAUCACUUAGAGCAGCAAAAAGUAGUUUUUCAGUGCUGUAUUUUC